AUGGAUGACCUUGACAUGGAAGAGGAUUUUGAUUUCGGGGGCCUGACUCUUGGCGAGUUCCCAAGAAGCAGCACCUCCCACUCAACCGAAGUCCUCCACCUAAGCGACUCUCUCUCAGCAGCCACCCUCUCAGACCAGAGUUCUGCUGCUCAAGCACAACAAGCACAACAAGCACAGGCGGUGUCGACGUCAAGUACGACGCCUUCGACCACCGUAACGGCGCCACCUUCUGGAGAACGAGAGGGACUAACACCCGAUAACGGACCGUGGGCAAAGUUGCCAUCCGUUGAUGCGGGCGACAUCAAUCCGUACUUGCCUGGAGUCACGCCGCAGAAGCUGGACGCCAUGGCCAUGGACCCAUAUCAUAUCUUCAAAUCUGCCCCACCCCAGUCAGGGGAUUCUCCUUUUUCUAUCCCGCCGCCAUCGUCAUCAUCAGCAUCAUUAUCGCAGGAUCAGAAGGACAAGGAUAAGAGUCGGAAACAAGACAAAAGGACCGAUGACGGGGGGAAGAAGGACAAGAUCCCGGAUUGGAUGUUGGCAGACCCAGAACUCAAACCUACCGCCACCGAUCUUGGCUGGUCCACCACAACAACAUCGCAGAAAGACGAUGGGUUGGGUUGGGGGGACCCAGGGACGUUUGGAGGGUUCGGAUAUUCGGGUGCCGAUCUGUCGACGACUGUGGAUUCGAAUGCGCUGUUUGGGUUCUCGUCCUACCCGACCUACGAGACUUUGUCGUUUGCGAACGCGAUUGCGGAGGAACAGCAUCGGAAGCAUACUAUCCUUGCCUCGGGGGGCACCUAUGAUCCCUUUUCUUCCUCUUCUUCGAAUUCUUUAGGAGCUGAUGGUGGAGGGGAGACGCGGACGACGCGGGAAGGCGGAUUUGCGAGGUUCGGAAAUACGGUGAGGGGGGAUGGACAGAUUGCACCCGUGUUUGGACGGCGUCCGUCCUCAUCUUUAGGUUCUGGUUCUUCUGGGAGUGGAGUCGAUGGUGGGUCGGGUAAUGAGCAUGGAUUUACGUGGGAUGACCAGGAUCAAAGGAAGAGUCCGAGUGCUGCUGCUGGUUCUGAACAGCAGGGACAAGUUCAAUGGCAGACGUGGCGGUCGAGAGGUGGACCUACUCAGGGUGUUCAGGAUCUGGAUCAGCUUAUGGAUGAGGAUGAUCUCGAGGAAGAUCCCUUUGAUGGGCCCCAGAUCAAGUAA